AGGAAGGAAGGAAGGAAGGAAGGAAGGAAGGAAGGUCCUGGAACCCAUCCAAGCCAGCACUCCCUCCAUUGGCUUCAUCAUCAUCAUCAUCAUCGGGAUCCUGCCGCCUCGGGACUCCUCUGAGAAUGAUUCUGGAGGAUCUGCUAAUGGUCCUCAGCUGCCUCGGCUUGCACGCGCUCUGGAAGGUCCAAGCUGUUCCUAUCCUGCCCCUGAGCCUGGUUCCAGAUACCUUCGAUGAUGCCUACGUGGGCUGCUCUGAGGAGAUGGAGGAGAAAGCAGGCCUGCUGCUAAAGGAAGAGAUGGCACGCCAUGCCCUGCUGCGGGAAUCCUGGGAAGCAGCUCAAGAGGCCUGGGCACACCGGCGUCACAAGCUCACCCUACCUCCUGGCUUCAAAGCCCAGCACGGGGUAGCUGUCAUGGUGUACACCAACUCGUCCAACACCUUGUACUGGGAGCUGAACCAGGCUGUGCGGACGGGAGGUGGCUCCCGGGAGGUCUACAUGAGGCACUUCCCCUUCAAGGCCCUGCAUUUCUACUUGACCCGGGCCCUGCAGCUGCUGCGGGGCCCUGGAGGGUGCAGUGCGGAAGCCGGGGAGGCAGUGUUCCGAGGUGUGGGCGGCCUUCACUUUGAACCCAGGAGGCUGGGGGACUCUGUCCGGUUAGGACAGUUUGCCUCCAGCUCUGUGGAUGAAAGAGUGGCUCACAGGUUUGGUAAUGCCACCUUCUUCAACCUAAGGACUUGUUUCGGGGCUCCUAUCCAGGCUUUGUCUGUCUUCCCCGAGGAGCGUGAGGUGCUGAUACCCCCACAUGAAGUCUUCUUGGUCACUGGGUUCUCCCAGGACGGAGGCCAGAGCAUACUGACUCUCUGGAGUUAUAAUCAGACCUGCAGCCACUUUAACUGCGCCUAUUUGGGUGGGGAGAAGAGACGUGGCUGUGUGUCCUCAAGAGCAGUAGGGCAGCCAGAGGCAUCCUCCUCAGAGGCUCUGCAAUCAGGGAAGACGCUGCUCUUGGCCCCAGGAGAGCUGCAGCUCUCCAGAACUGGACCCUGAAAGCCCCUUAGGAAUCUUGGGAACUGAUGACCUUACUAUGAAGAAGGGGCUUUGA